CAAGAAAGGAACAAUACGUCAAGACAACAAACCACUGCAAUAUGCUCACAUGAAUUUUGCGAUUCAAUUGAACCAAACCGCAACCUGAACUGUGGGCUUUGCGCCUUUUCCAACGAUCACACGUCUAGCAUAAUACACCAUCACCCGCCAAACGACGCACAGAGUCACUGUAACCGAACGGCGGCGCGGCCUUCUGUCAUUUCCACAGUCCCUUCUCCCGGCCCCGCUCGUGUCCGGAUUUCAAGAGCCUCACCACUCUUUCCAUCCACCCACUCACCAGCAUGGCUCCCUCACAGACAGUCGACAUCCCCUCCUUCGCCUCCACCCAACUCACCCUCCUCUCCUCCGAGCUCGCCGCCGAAAUCGCUGAGAACUCCGAGCUCAUCGGGCUGCACACGCCCACCGCCCUGCAGCGCGCCGGCCUGGCCCUGACCAACCUAGUCGUCAAUGCCCAGCGGACCGGCUAUGGCGGAAAGACCGUGUUGGAACUCGGGCCCGAUUCUGCUACUGUUACUAUCACUUCUUCUUCUUCUUCUUCAUCGUCAGGCCAGAAGGGUGGGGGCUAUGAUGGACCGGAAUUACCAGAACAUGGAAUUCGGACGGGCGAUAUCGUGGUAGUGUCUGAGCAGCCGGCUGGGAGCGCAAAGAAGCGAGAGGUCAGGGAAUUGGAGAAGAAGGGCGCGAAGGGGGUGGUGACGAGGGUGGGCAGGGGUGUGGUGGGUGUGGCGCUGGAUGAGGAUAAGGGGGAGGAGAAUGUAGUUGGGACGGGGGGUUUGGGGGGCAGUGGGAGGGUUUGGAUGGUUAAGUUGGCUGAUGAUGUUACUUAUAGGAGGAUGAACGGAACCAUGGAGAAGCUUCAGAAGAUGAGCGAGUCGGAACACUCCAUGUUCAUCCGAGUCCUCUUCGGACAGUCAUCACCCUCACCUGUCCCGGCGGAUCUAACUAAUGACCCAGAGGUUGGCAACAUUGAUUGGGUUGAUCCUACUUUGAACGACUCACAAAAGGAUGCUAUUAGGUUUGCACUAGCAUCGAGGGAGAUAGCUCUCAUCCAUGGUCCUCCCGGGACUGGCAAAACACACACUCUGAUCGAACUAAUCCUCCAACUCCUCCGCCGAGACCUCCGUAUCCUCGUCUGCGGUCCCUCCAACAUCUCCGUCGACAACAUCGUCGAGCGACUCUCGCCACACAAACUGCCCAUCCUCCGCCUCGGCCAUCCAGCCCGCCUUCUCCCCUCCGUCCUCUCGCACUCGCUCGACAUUCUCACCACGACCUCGGACGCCGGGGCCAUCGUCAAAGACGUGCGCGCCGAGAUGGACGCCAAGCAGGCCUCGAUCCGCAAGACGCGCAAUGGUCGCGAGCGCCGAGCCAUCUACGCAGAGCUGAAGGAGCUGCGCAAGGAGUACCGUGAGCGGGAGCGGCGAUGCGUGAGCGACCUGGUAGGCAGGAGCAAAGUUGUGCUGGCGACACUGCAUGGCGCGGGGGGAUACCAGCUUAAGAACGAGGAGUUUGACGUGGUGAUCAUCGACGAGGCAAGCCAAGCACUGGAGGCACAGUGUUGGGUGCCCCUGCUGUGGGCGAAGAAGGCGGUGUUGGCUGGUGAUCACUUGCAGCUGCCGCCGACAAUCAAAUCGUUGAACUCGAGGGCUGCCACUACAAAGGAGAAGAAGGAGGGCCAGACGCUGGAGACGACACUGUUUGACAGACUACUGACCCUGCAUGGCCCCUCAAUCAAGAGGAUGCUUACCACGCAGUACCGUAUGCACGAGAAGAUUAUGCGGUUCCCGUCGGACGAGCUUUACGAGUCUAAGCUGGUGGCGGCCGAGCAUGUCAGGGAGCGCUUGCUCAAGGACUUGCCGUACGAGGGGGUGGAGGCCAAUGACGACACCACCGAGCCACUGAUUUUCAUUGAUACACAGGGCGGUGACUUCCCGGAGAAGAACGAGGAGGAGCUGGACGGUAACGGAUCAACAGACAAAAAGAAGGUCAUUAGAAGUCUUCAUGGCGAGAGUAAAAGCAAUGAGAUGGAGGCGGCGCUUGUAAGACAGCAUGUGCGUGGCCUGAUCAAGGCGGGAGUCAGACCGGAUGACAUUGCGGUUGUGACGCCGUAUAAUGCUCAGCUCUCCAUCCUGGCACCCCUAAAGGACGAGUUUCCCGGUAUUGAGCUCGGCAGUGUGGACGGAUUCCAAGGAAGAGAGAAGGAGGCAGUUAUCGUUAGCCUUGUCCGCAGCAACGACGAAGGCGAAGUCGGUUUCUUGGGCGAGAAACGACGGCUGAACGUUGCCAUGACGCGGCCGAAGAGGUCGUUGACAGUCAUUGGAGACUCGGAGACAGUCAAGAAGGGCAGCACAUUUCUGAAGAGAUGGAUGGAGUUUUUGGAAGAGAAUGCCGACUUGAGGUAUCCAGACGUUUCGAGCUUGGCGUUGGAUUCAUGACAAUGACACAACGUGUAUAAGCAAGGGACGCAGCCGCGGGUAAAAGAGCUCAGGUCAGGCACCAGGUACGAAAUCCACAGACAUGGAAAGGGGACGAGUAAAAAUGCUUCUUAGAGGAACGGCCCGAUAAACGCUUCGACGGAAACAGCAUGUUUGCCGCACCUGGAUGGACUUUUGGCAUUACUUUUUUUUCAGGACAGGCACCUGUACCUGGGCAGUAGAAUAUCAUGAUGCUACACGCGACAUAAGCAAAAAGAGUCAUGGAAUCUAGGCAGACGAAUCGAGUUAGCGAGAUGCGCUCACGGCCUGCCACGUAUUGGGAAGCCGAAACGGGCAAAGGCAGGAGGCUCUUUUUGGACACCUCAGCUUAAAUUUGCACACUUUUGUCCACUCGGGGAUAUUCCCCUGCU